AUGAAGGUCAAUAUACUUGUUAUGCUUAUUGUUUUGCCAAUGCUUGCAUCAAUUGGUCUUUAUUGCUUUUCGUUUGCCACUAAACGUUGGAGUCGCCUUGAUGAAAAUUUAAUAAAUCGUUAUCAUAAAAAUGAAAGUCAAAAACGAUUACAAUCGGAAGUUAAGAAUAAUGUCAAACUCGAACUACAAAAUAUUCGACAUGCAUUUCGUUCACAUUAUGGUCUCUUUGGUUAUUGUUUAGAUUAUAGAUGGAUUAAUUUACUAACUGUUAAAUCGCCACAAGAUGGAUCAAUGCGAACUCCAACAUUAUUUUGCGAUCGAUGUAAUGAUUCAAAACGUAUGUGUUCAGAGACAAAUUGUUGUAUGCAACGAUGCGAUAACAAACCCGAUUGUCCAACAUAUAUUGAUGAGAUAAAUUGCGAUUAUUCAUUGGAACAAACACGUUACUAUUGGCCUAAAGGAAAUUGUAUAUGGCAAUCUACAUGGAUUGGUAGUCAAGAUUUCCCACUUCAUCAAUCACCAUAUAAAUCUUCUCCAAAACAUUCUCAUAACUAUGCAAAACUCAUUCGUUAUUAUGUAAUGUUUCUGCUGUUCGUUGCCGCACCAUUAUUAACAUUUUUGGCCUUAUUAAUUCUGUUCUGUAUAAAUUGUGUUAAACGUUUCUAUUCAAUCCCAUUUGCAUUUGUUAGUUUAUUUUCUUUGGCAUCAUUUUUAAGUGGCGCUGGUGCUUUAGGAAUAUUCUUAUAUGAAUGGAUACACGACCGUUUCUAUCGGCCUGAUUUUACUUAUGAAUUAGACCAACCUGAAGCACUAGUUGUGGCAUUGAAUCCGUGGCUUAUUGAAGCUGAAAAAUUGGGUUUAGGCUUUUGGUUAAUAGUUGCAGCUAUUAGUGCAACUUUAUUUACAACAAUACUCAGCUGCUGUUUCUGCUGUGGAUUACAAUCGGAAAAAUCGAAAUUACGUUUUCAUGUGAAUAAUGAAGUUUAUGAAAUUGUUCAAAUGACACCCUAUGACGACUAG